GCAGGUAACUUCAAAUCCAUCUCAAAAGUCCAAUAAGCAAAUCUGGGCGGCUGAGUUCAGCCCUUCUAACUUAUCUACUAGGGUUAGUUUUCCUUUUGUUUUGCCUCUCAGAACUCUUUAGAGCUCUCUCUCUUUUCUUUCUGUGAGUCAUGACAUCCAAGGAGACCAUGGAACAUGAUGGCUCAUCCUUGACAGUCCGUCUGAUUGCUGAUGAUGAGAAGCAACAUGGGCUUGGGCGAAAACUCGAGGAGAUAGAAUCAAACCAUGAUAGUCCUAGAGCAGGCUCCACCUCUUUCUUCAAGACUUGUUUCCAUGGACUCAAUGCUUUGUCAGGAAUUGGGAUACUUUCAACCCCAUAUGCACUAGCCUCAGGAGGGUGGUGGAGCUUGGCCCUCCUGUUGAUUAUUGCCACUGCAGCAUUUUACUCAGGCUUGUUGAUUCAAAGAUGCAUGGAUGCAGAAUCAGGUAUCAGAACCUAUCCUGACAUAGGUGAAAAAGCAUUUGGCAAGAAAGGGAGACUAGUGGUAUCCAUUUUCAUGAAUGUGGAGCUCUACUUGGUGGCAACAGGUUUCCUGAUCCUGGAAGGAGACAACUUGAUAAACUUGUUCCCAAACAUGAAGCUUGAAGUUGGAGGGUUCAUUCUUGGUGGAAAACAAAGCUUUGUGAUGAUUGUUGCCCUUAUUAUCUUGCCUACUGUUUGGCUAGAUAAUCUUAGCUUGCUUUCAUAUAUUUCUGCUAGUGGGGUUUUAGCUUCUGCUGUGACUCUUGGAUCAAUCUUCUGGACUGGUGCUUUUGAUGGAGUUGGAUUCAAACAUAAAGGAACUCCUCUUAAUUGGAGUGGCAUCCCUACUGCUGUCAGCCUGUAUGCCUUCUGCUAUUGUGCUCAUCCUGUCUUUCCAACUCUUUACUCUUCAUUAAAAAACAAGCGCCAGUUCUCAAAUGUUCUGCUUGUGUGCUUUUUCCUGUGUACAUUCAUCUAUGCAUCAAUGGCGAUUUUGGGGUACAUGAUGUUUGGCUCUGGGGUUCAAUCACAAGUAACAUUAAACCUUCCAACCAACAGACUCAGCUCAAGUGUGGCAAUCUACACAACCCUUGUCAAUCCAAUUUCCAAAUAUGCAUUGAUGUUUACACCAAUUGUGAAUGCCACCAAAAGCUGCUUGCCAAGCCUCUACAGCAAGAAACCUUAUAGCCUUUUUAUCAGCACCAGUUUGGUACUGAGCACUGUAAUUGUAGCCCUUGUUGUGCCUUUGUUCGGAUAUCUGAUGUCACUGGUAGGAGCAUUUUUGAGUGUCUCGGCUUCCAUUAUUCUGCCAUGCUUAUGUUACCUGAAGAUCUCAGGACUUUACAGGAGAUGCGGAUGUGAAAUGGUGGUCAUUGUGAGUAUUAUACUAAUGGGUGUUGCAGUUGCCAUUAUUGGUACUUACACAUCUCUUGUACAAAUAAUUGGCCAUUUAUGAAUGCCAAACUUCUAUGUAAUAAUGGAAUUUUCUCAGUUCUGUAAUUUUUCCAUUCACUUGAAAAGUAUGUAAUUUUCCAGCUCGGUAAUAUUUGUACGGACUACAACUUGAGUGAAGCAUACUAUUGACCUACCA